UUUUUACUUGCCAAAAAAUUGAUGAGCGAAUCGGAGGUGCAGGCAAACGAAGAAAAAGGCGACUUGGAGAAUUGUGGAUAGUGUGUAAAUUCCGACUAUAAUUAUUUUAAUAUUCAAAUAAGUUUUCCGUGCAUUAAAAGGUAAUUUGGUAAUAUACGAGAAAGGAGCGUGAAAGAAAAAUACCUGGAAACGACGCCAAGUUCAAAAACGGGCAAGUGGAAGAAGCAGAGCCCCAAAGAAGCAGAAGAAAAAACCAAGCAGAAGAAGCAGCAUUAUUGGCAGGGGCAGAAGCGCACUAGUAGCCCUUGAAGAAAAAAACGGGGAAAAAUCAAAGAUAUAUUUCAAUUGUCGAAGGCGGACGUGUAAAGUGAUCGAAAGAAACAAAAUUUAUACAAAUAAAAGCAUACUCAUAUAUCAUUGGAUAAUUUGACGCAUCGUUCGUACAAAAGUAGCAAAACGGCAGCGAUUACAGCAACAACUACGCCACCAGCUUCGACAAUGGAGAAGCCGAAGGAAUUGAUCAUUGAGCCAAAAAGCGAACUGCGCUUUAUAGGUCCAUUUACUCGUCCUGUUAUUACUGUUAUGAAAAUAACUAAUCCAACAGAUAACAUAAUACUGUUCAAGAUCAAAACGACCGCCCCGAAACGGUACUGUGUGCGCCCGAAUUUCGGUUCACUUGAACCACAUACGCAUGCCAGAAUUGAAAUUUGCUUACAACCAUUUGCGUAUGAUCCCAACGACAAGAAUAAGCAUAAGUUCAUGGUGCAGAGCCUGGUUGUGCACGAUCGUUCAGUUGAAGACUGGAAUAAGUUGUGGAAGGAGUCGGAACCGCAACAAUUGAUGGAUGUUAAGUUGAGAUGUGUCUUCGAGAUGCCAACUGUAACGUCAGCCGCAGACAGCAGUGGUGGUUCAGGCACUAACGAGAUAGUUAAAGAAACGUCAACAAAAAUUGAGUCAGAAAAUAAAGCAAUUCCAUUUCGCGAGGAGAAGGUCUCAAAUGUGCAACCAUCAGAGCAACGUGAAGAGCUAUUGUCUGACAUUAGGCGGCUGCGCGAAGACAAUGAGAAAUUACAAAGAGAGAAGCGUCAUCUUACAGAUGAAAUCGUCAAAAUUCGGGAUUCCUAUUCGAAACCGAUGUACGAUCAGGCCUAUACACCGAUACUGGGCGAGAAGCAAAUUCCGGUAUUUUAUAUAGCGUUGUCGAUUGUUGCGGCCAUAUUCGGUUUCCUGUUUGGCAAAUAUUUUUGAAUGCAUACAACGCAAGCAAAACUAUGAAGUGCGGGCAUGUUUACCAACAAGAUCGCAACAGCAACAACAGCAUAAUAUGUAUAAGCAACAGCAAAAAUACAAACCAGAUGAACAAUGAACACGAAACUUAAAAUAUAUAUUUAAAACAAGCAAGAAGCCAGCGGUAAAAACAAAAGCAACAAAAAUUAUCUAAUGAAAUAAACAAAUAAUUAAAGCUAAAAAAAAAACAAACGAUAAAAAAUUAAUAAAUAUUGUUGAAAGGUUAUUUUGAAAUACAUGUAACCACAUACAUAAAUGGCGAUGAGCGGACAGGUGCGCAUAGAAACUUGAGAAAAAUUCAUUAAAGCUAAAAAAUCAUUAUUUGCAAAAACAAAAAACAAGGUAAAUUGCAGUAUAACUUAACACACACACGUAAACAUAUAAUGAAACAGCAAGUAAAUGUAUAAAGCUCGGUGUAAAGUAGAUAAAACAUUAGUAACGGUGGUGACUGAACGAACGUUUGGAAGUAGAGAGGGAGGGAGGGUAGUUCAAAUAAAAUUCUGUGUUUGUGUGAAACCUUGCAGAAUAUACGUUUUGUAUAGCCACAGCGCACCGAUUGAACGUUGGCACGGCAUUUAUUCAUAACUUUAUAUUGUAGGAAAAAGUGGAAAGGGCUAAACAAUGAACUACGACUAAAAACAAAAAUAUGAAAAAGUUAAUACAAAAGAAUGAAUAAUUAAAAAUGAAAGAAUAUGCACUAUAAAAAGCAUUAGGUUUAAUAAAUAACAACUAAUGUAUUUUAUUUUAAUUUCUUUAAUCAUGCGCUUACCGUGUUCUAGAAACGAAAUUCUCUAGCAAUAUCUUUAAUCUCGGAACUAUUACUGAAUAGGUUAAAUAUAUGUAAUAGUAACUCAUUUGCCUUUAAAUACAAAAAAUAGUUAAACGCAUACCUCUUACAUAAAAUGUCUACUAAUUUAAUGGGAUUGAGCUAUAUUUGAUGUUUGUUUCAAGAGAACAUUACAUAUGUACGUAGUAUUUUCUAAUUUAACUCACUCGCAUGAGUAAUUCACAAAAAUUCCUAACAAUUUUAAACAUUGCAAAUCGAAUCGUUGGGUAGGCUCAACGUUUAAAAUAGUAUGGCUUCUUAACGAUUUUACAAACAUCAAUGUCAAGUGUAUGCAAUUUUUUUCAUUUGCCUACUUUCUGUUUCGUUUAAUUACAAAUAAAUGUCAACUGCUAAAGCAAUCAAAUACACAUAUUCAAAAAAAAAACUUUUUUUCAAACAUUUGAAGUAUUUAGGCUUUGUAUCCACGUACAAAACACGGUUUAUAGUACUCGUAAAUCCUGAAUGCAUCUGUCGGUUUUUUGCUCCUAUAGGUUAGUCGCACACUACUUUGUAGAAAAUACAGCUUUGCUUUUGAUUUUACUUAAAUAUAAAAAUUUUGUUUUGUGUAAUUUUGUUGUUCAAUCUACAUAUAUAUAAUUUGAAGAAAAUAUGCUUCGUGUUACUUCGAAUUACUUUUAGCGUUGUUUUAUAUUUAAUUUUCGUUUAAUUUUAUUAUAUACGCUUUUGCCGAAAUGUAUGUGUUUUUUUUGUGGUAAUUUCUCAAGUAUAAGUAAAUAAAUACAACAUUUUAAAUAACAAUCACGAGUCGGUCAA